GAAGAAGACGAUCCUCGAUACUGGGGACCGAUCAAGAACAUUUCGAAUCAAGCUCUGAUCGACCUGACUCUCACGGUCCUUGAUCCGGAGAAGCAGCUUAAUGCGGAGAAUUUCUCGAUCCUAGACCAGGAAGAAGGCACUUUCCAUUGCGUUUGGAUUGUGGAAACUCCCAACGGCCAAAAGGUCAUCAUCAAGGUUCCAGCCACGGGACAUGCUGACCGUUGGACUCCAGAGGACGCUGUCAACAUGAAGUCUGAGGCCCUCACAAUGGCUCACCUAUCCAUGCACACCAACGCGCCUGUGCCAGCGAUACUCGGCUUCGACUGCACCUUCAGUAAUCCCAUUGGUGCGCCUUACAUCAUGAUGGGCUUUGUCGAGGGUAAGCCCGUACACAAGGUUUGGUACCAACAUAAACACAACAUCGAAGAGAUCCGACAAAACAUUCUCACGUCGCUUGCGAAAGCAAUGAAUGAGUUCGGGAAGUUGGAAUUC